CCAAAGCUCCUCGUCCUAAGUCUAGUAGCCAGCUCGCUAGCUAAGAGUUUGGAUUUGACUGUUCGUAGAUUGAGGGGAAUUUUUAAAAUUAUUAUUAUUAUGUCUUACAUACCUGGACAACCUGUCACAGCUGUAGUGCAACGGAUUGAGAUUCAAAAACUGCGUGAUGGUGACAAUUUAAUAUUGGGUUUUAGUAUUGGAGGUGGGAUUGAUCAAGAUCCUGGUCAGAAUCCAUUCUCUGAGGACAAGACAGACAAGGGUAUCUAUGUUACAAGGGUGUCAAAAGGAGGGCCAGCAGAUGUUGCGGGCCUCAUGACUGGGGAUAAAAUAAUGCAGGUUAAUGGGUGGGAUAUGACUAUGGUGACCCAUGACCAAGCGCGUAAAAGGUUAACGAAAAAGAAUGAAGAUGUGGUUAGGCUACUGGUGACCAGAAAGUCUCUGGAGGAUGUAGUCAGACAGUCCAUGAUGCCACACUAAUAUAAAUUUGGAAUUCAGUUUGAAUGUUAUUUGUUAAUCAUGCCUAUACAAUAUGAAUAUUAUAUAUACAUUAAACUUAAGCCAAAGAAUGUUAUAAUUUCCUUUUAUUAUCUCAGACAUACUGGAUCUUUUACUUAGGGCUGGAUCUGCAGACACAGAUUACAUCUAGGGAUAAACUCAAAACCAUGUUUCAGCCUAGAGUCUACACUGACUGAACAGUUUUUUUAAAAUAUGUUGUCUCAUAUCAGCACUUGCAUCAUGAUUUAUCUGUGCAUCAGAAAAGAUUUACACUUUUGCAUUCCAUUGCUUGUCAGUUGCAUAGGGUUAAUCUUGCAAAGCAUGUGCUUCAACAUUUAUAAAUGAUUAAUGAGUAAAACAACAUUUUGCAGCAGUGUUACAAUGGGUUUGUGGACACUGACACUAUUAGAUUACCAGGGCUAUAAGCAGCUGCACAUAAAACACCUUCAUCACUUUAUUGUCUUUAGUUUCCAUUGUCUUCUAUAAUGUCCCAAGUUAAGCUAGGAAGCAUCAGCUCCUCUUAAAGACCACUAAUUUUUUCCAUCAUUUAAUAUAAGAUGCCUUUUGUUUUUCAUGUCCUACUUGUGUGCUUGAUAGUUUGACAUUUGUUUGUAGAAAUAAUUCGUGUAUGUCCCAAACCUUAUGCCACUGUACACUACCAUGAUAACGUUACAGUUUUAUUGGUGCCAAACUGUGAUGCUGUUUAGUUUGUAAUUGGUGACUUUUACAGGUUACCCCCUUUAUGGUUUUUAAAUCAUUCUUGUUUGAAGUCUUUUUGAUAGAUUUUGGCAUUUGACGAUUUUUUUUUUUCCACUUCAAUAAACAUGCAAAAAAAUUGUA